AUGCAAAAGCGUGAAGUGAUUGCGACUCAGCUGCGCGCUGCGGUACGUGAUCUACGUAUUCGUGGACUAAAGCAGGCUGCGCGAUUUUCAGCGGAACUUUUGCUUGGAUUGGGGGGCCUUACACACAGUACGCCGUCGUCUUCACCAAGGAUAUCUGCAGAGGUGGAUGGCAAAAAUGAGUGCUGGACUGAAGUGGAUGGCGAAAAUGAGUGCUGGGCAGAAACUGAUCGCUUUGAAGCAGCAAAAGCCUGCUUUGAUUUAGAUGAAUUUCUCCGUGCUCACCACAUGCUUUCAAAUACUGAAACAUGUUCUGAUAGUGGAAAUUCAGACGAGCUAUGUCAUCUUUCAAAAAAGUCGUUUUUUCUCAAAUAUUUUGCGCUGUAUCUGGCAGGAGAAAAAGCAAAGGAGGAAAUGGAUCUUGAGAUGAAUAUAACUGGCAGAGGCAAAGAAAUUGACCGCAACAUGCACCGCCAGGGCUCAAAUCCUUAUUUAAAAGAGCUGUAUUUGGCACUCAGCACGGCAUAUCAGCAGAACACGCUUGAUGGGUUUGGCCUCUACCUGUAUGCUGUCGUUCUUAAACGUCUUGGCUACACCACCUGCACAGGAAGCACCAAAGCUCAAUCAUCGACACCGGUCAGUAUGAAAAGCAGCUAUCGUGCAGAUUUCGCCAAAGAGCAGAAGCGACAGCAACUGCAUGUUUUCAACAGUAGUCAUAAAACAAGCAAAAGCGAAUCGAAAAUCAACACUGCGACGUUCGACGUUACAACGCGAUUUAUUCUAGUUGAGUCUAUCCGGCGUUAUCCUUGGAAUUGGUCAGCUUGGAUGGAGCUAGCAGCUCACUCUCCCUUCAUAUCCAGCGAAGAAGAAGUCAUUCUUGCAACGAGUUGUCCGUGGAUGUUUCAAUUAUUUCAGGCGCACGUCCUUCUUGAUCAACAGCAGAAUGAUGCGGCACGCGCACUGCUCACGAACUUAGAGGAACAAUUUCCAAAAAGUACUUACCUUCUGUCUCAGCAAGCACUGGCAAGCUACCAUAUCAGAGAUUUUGAUCAGUCACAAGAACAAUUUGAGCGACUAGCCCAUCAGGAUCCGAAUCGAAUAGAGAGCAUGGAUGUGUAUUCAAACGUGCUGUACGUUAAGGAGGACAAAAUAGAGCUCAGUCGAUUAGCUCAUCGGGCGUUAAAGGUGGCGAAAUAUCGACCAGAGACAUGCUGCAUCAUUGGAAAUUACUAUUCUCUUAAAAACAAACACGAUCGCGCAGUCAUCUACUUCCAUCGCGCUUUAAAAUUAGACCCAAAUUUUCUUUCGGCCUGGACUCUCAUUGGGCACGAGUAUAUUGAGAUGAAGAACACAAGUGCAGCUAUUGAAGCCUAUCGUCACGCUGUUGAUCUCAAUGCACGAGAUUAUCGUGCAUGGUAUGGGCUAGGACAGGCCUACGAGAUUCUCAACAUGUUUUUGUACAGUAUCUACUAUUAUCGCAAAUCGGUGGCUAUUCGCCCCUACGAUGCACGUAUGUGGUGCGCUUUGGGUGGCUGCUAUGAAAAGCUGGACAAAGUGGAUGAAGCUCUUGCGUGCUUUCAUCGUGCCGUCAAUAACCAGGAUCGCGAAGGCAUCGCUUCGUUUCACCUCGGUCGUCUAUAUGCAGCAAGUGGUCGACCACACGAAGCUGCCAAGUUCUACUUGAUGCAUCUUGGUCUUCGAAGUAUUGAAGCAUCAGCUUUUGAGGAUGUUGAUGAGAAGAUUAAGCCUGUCGGGUCUGAUGACACUGCGGAACAACAGCAGGAAAUUCUCGUGCUUCCUGCCGGCAGUUGUGAAAAUAUACGCGUUGACACUCCUCAGUCAUUAACAGCAAUACUUUUUCUUGCUAGUUUUUUUAAACAGCUGGGAAAGUAUACCGAAGCGACAAUUUUUUGCAACCGUCUGUUAGACAUGCAAGGACCUGAAAGAGAGGAAGCCAAAGCUCUUUUGCGCGAAAUACAUAGCCUCAUGGCGACUUUGAUAUGA